AUGUCUGGCUUUUUUGGGUAUCCAGGUCCAGCUCACAUUUGUGGACUACACUACAUUGUCCGGUCUGAUGAAUGGAACCUCAAGAAGCAAUUCCUUCCACAAGUUAAACUCGAAGCAAAAGCUACCAUUCUUUCUACCACAUCCAAAACCGUACUCACACAGACUUUUGCCAACCCAUCGACAGAGAAAGCCAUCAAGGAGUGUCGCUACACCUUUCCGCUCUAUGAUGGUGUCAGUGUAGUAGGCUUCACCUGCCAUGUCGGGGGCCGGAAAAUCGUUGGUGAGGUCAAGGAGAGAGAAAAGGCAAGAGCUGUAUUUCAAGACGCAGUCUCAAAAGGCGAGACGGCCGGAUUGUUUGAGCAACUCCCAGAUGCUUCCGACGUCUUCACCACGACGGUUGGAAACAUCCCUCCUGGAGCAAAAGUCAUCGUCGAAAUCACAUAUCUAGGCGAGCUCAAGCACGACAUGGAAGUCGACGGCAUCAGAUUCACAAUCCCAAACAUCAUAUGCCCACGCUAUGGCGAUUACCCAGGCACAUUGCUUAGAAGCUCAGCUACCGAUGCAAUGGGUAUGAGCAUUUCCAUUACUGUCGAUGUCGACAUGGCUGAUGGAUCCUUCAUCCAAAAGAUCCAGUCGCCCACACACCCCAUUGCAAUAUCAAUGGGCACAACUUCAACUGCUGCGGCAAAUGACGAUCCCGCAAUGACAAAGGCAUCCGCAACCCUCGCUCUUGCCACUGCAGGACUAGACAAGGAUUUUGUCUUGCAAGUCAUUGCCAAACACACGGGCGUACCCAAAGCCAUACUUGAGACACACCCGAGGAUUCCGAAUCAAAGAGCAGUAAUGGCAACGCUAGUACCAAAGUUUGCCUUACCUCCUGCACGACCCGAGAUUGUCUUCGUGUGUGAUCGCAGUGGAAGCAUGCAGCUUACGAGAAUCGAGCUUGCGAAACAAGCCUUGAAGGUGUUUUUGAAGUCUCUUCCCAUUGGAGUCAAGUUCAACAUAUGCUCGUUCGGCUCAAGCCACUCGUUUCUCUGGGAAAAGAGUGCUAGCUACAACCAGCAGACGCUCGAUGCGGCAAUGAAUCAUGUUGAUUCUUUUUCGGCGAACUAUGGCGGCACGGAGAUGUGGCAGCCACUGCAAGCGACGAUUGAGCGACGAUACAAGGAUAUGGAUCUUGAUAUCAUGUUGCUCACUGACGGUGAGGAUUGGGGACAGGAUCGCAUUUUCUCCUAUCUCAACGAAUCUAUCCAAGUGACUAAAGCCCCGAUCCGGGUCUUCACGUUAGGUGUUGGGAACGGCGUCUCGCAUGCACUGAUUGAAGGUAUAGCCAAGGCAGGAAAUGGCUUCUCGCAAUCAGUCGGCGAGAACGAGCCGAUGAAUACGAAAGUUGUACGAAUGCUCAAGGGAGCAUUGUCCCCACAUAUCAACGACUAUACCCUCGAAGUCAAGUAUAACAAUGAUGAAAUCUCAGCUCACCUCGAUGUGGAACCAGAAGAUGAUUUCGAAAUCAUCGAAAAAGUAUCAGAUAGUCUUAAGGUAAAACUCGAUCUCAAAGAAGACGAGGCUGAGCCAGAACCAACUAAAAACACAAUCUCCCUCUUCGACCCCACCGCCGACCCAGACGCAGAAGAACCAACCGCAUCCGACGAAACAGGAGAAUCCCGCUACGCCCACCUCCCCAUCCUCCCCAUUCCCAAAAUCCUCCAAGCCCCCCAAAUGAUCCCCUCCCUCUUCCCCUUCCAUCGCACAUCAAUCUACCUCCUGCUCGGUCCCUCCGCACCCCAACGUACACCCACAUCCCUCACGCUUCGCGGCACAAGCCCCCAGGGGCCACUCGAACUCGUCAUCCCAAUCCAACCCCUUGCCCACCCGGGCGAAACCAUCCACCAGCUCGCGGCCAAAAAAGCCAUUUCAGAACUCGAGCAAGGCCGAGGCUGGCUUUCCGAAGCCACCGACGAGUCCGGCACGCUGGUAAAGAAGAAAUGUGAGGGCCGCUACGACGACAUGGUCGAGCGGGAAGCCGUACGACUAGGCGUACAAUUCCAAGUAGGCGGAAAAUGGUGUUCGUUCGUCGCUGUCGAAUCGCACGCUGAAGCAGCAGAGAAUCAGAGAAAAGAAGCACAGGGGUGGCAGUGGAUAGAUGAUAAACACCCCCUCAAGCCCCUCAAAUCGGUUCAUCUCUCUUCGGUGCCCAAAGCCCCAGCAGUAACAGCGGCAGUGUUCUAUUCGGCGCAUCCGCACCCGCACCCACUCAGAACCAAUCCAACUCUGGCGCAUCGCUCUUUGGCGCUGCAGCACCACCACCACCACCACCACCAACUACCAAUCCAGCCUCAUGCUCCUCGAGCAGCAAAACAAAAAACGGCUCCAUCAUCAACCCCGCAACCUCCUUCUUCGGUAACCGGUGAAACGCUUCUUCACUACCUCAUCUCGCUGCAGUCUUUCGAAGGGUCAUGGUCGCUGUCAUCAGAGUUACUUGGUGCCCUUGGGUUGGAUGAGGCGGGUGUGAAGGCGCAGAUGCAAGGGGGGGAUGAGAAGGUGGCUGCGACUGCGCUUGUGAUUGCGGUGCUUGAGAAGCGAUUGGGGGGGUUGAGGGGGAGCUGGGAACUUGUGGGUGAUAAAGGAAGGGCGUGGUUGGAAGGCGAGGUUGGGGAUGCGAAUGUGGAGGAAUGGGUGCAGCGCGGGAUGAAGGUUCUUGGGCAUGACUAA